GUUCAUAAAUCAGCAAAAUCAGAAUGUUAUGAAAUAUAUUUUAUACCAAAUACAUGUGGUAAUCAUUGGCUUAAUGUUAGUCUUAAUCAUAAACCAAUACUUGAUAAUCCAUGUCGAUUAGUUGUACGACCAUCUUCUUCAAUAAAAUCAAUGAUUGCUAGUGGACAAGGUCUAUUUCAUGCUUACACAGGCGAAUCAAGUCAAUUUUUUGUUUCAAAAUCACCCAAUGAUUCACCAUCAGGAACAGGAACGUUUUCUGUUGGUAUUAGUGGUCCAUCAACUGUUUUUCUAGAUGCUAAUGAAACAGAACAUGGUUAUGAAUUUCAUUAUAAACCAACACGAAGUGGUAAAUAUAUAAUAACAAUAAAAAAUGGUGGUAAACAUAUUCAAGGUAGUCCAUUUAUAUGUCGUGUUUAUAAUAAACUUAAUGAAAGUCGUACAGCACUAUCGACAAUGUAUGAAACAGAAAAUGAUAUUGGAAAUGAAACAACAACGGCAGGUUCUACAACACAAGUAACAUCAAGUUGUAAUUCAUUAUUACCUAUUCAAUCAGCUUUACAUCCUAUUCAUUCAUCAACAACAUCUACAAAUCAUGUUGACCUUGAUAUUCUUCGUUCAUCAAUGACAGGUAUUGCAUCACAAGUAUGUGUUUUUGGUACAGGUCUUUAUGAAGCGAAACCAAGACGAAAAGCAACAUUUAAAAUUGAUGCUAGUCAAGCAGGAUCUGGAUUAUUAUUAGUUGGUCUUUAUUCUUCUCUUGGACCAUGUGAACGUCUUGUUAUUAAACGUAUCAUGACUUCUUCAUCUCCUGGUUUUAUAUAUAAAGUAUCAUAUCAAGCUCGAAAACGUGGUCAAUAUAUGUUAGUUAUUCUUUAUGGGUCAAAUAUGGAACAUGUACCAGGAAGUCCCUAUCUUGUUAUUGUUGAAUAAAAAAUGAACGAUCAAACACCCCGAAAAAAUGCCUUACCACCAACAAAAGCAACCGGUAAUCAUAAUUAUACAAAAUUACAAGUACAUUUUGGUGGUGAUGUCCAAGAUAUUGUAUUAAAAUCAGAAAAAGA